AUGGACUUCAUCGUCGGCUCCUUCAACCACCCAAGUCUCUACCUCUGCCAGUUCCAUCCCGCAACAUCCAACACCGAAGCAUCUGUCAAGAUCGUGCGCGAGCACCCGGCCAUUGGCGGCCAUUCCUGGCUCUCCUUCUCGAAAGACAAAAAGUACCUCUACUGCACGGCCUGGCUGGAGAAACCUUCGAUUGCUGCUUAUGCCGUCCGUUCUGGAGGUCGAGAUGUUCAAUUCCUCAAUGCUAAGCCCGUCAAGUCGCUCUCUGGAUAUGUGUGCAGUAACGAGACACACGUCUUCAGCGCAGGCGGCCCUUCAGGCGAGGUCUUCAGACUGGAAGCAGAUGGCUCGAUUGGCAAGCUCGUCCAGGAACUUGACUUCGUGACAGGGCAAGGAGAGAACCAAAGCGAGCAACGUGGCAAGGUAGCCCAUGGUGACUUUGGCGGCCUGAGGCAUGGAGCGCACAGCGUUGAUCUCAGUCCGGACGGAAAAUACCUCUACGUGGCGGACAUCGGGAGGAAUUGUAUCUGGACUUAUAAAGUCACUCACAGCAAAAGAGGUAUAGACGAUCCUCCCCUGCAGCUCGGAACAAAGCAUGUCUCGCCCAGGAGCCAUGAUGGACCAAGACAUACCUGGCCGCAUCCGAACGGCAAAGUAUUGUACAGUCUGCAGGAGCAUAGCAGUAUGGUCGACGUUUUCGCCAUCGCAGAGGAUGGCGUGACGUUGGAGCAUAAGCAAGCAUGCAGUGUGCUUCCACCUGGAAAAGACUGUAAGAAGUACUGGGCUGAUGAGGUUCGAUACUCGACUGGGCCAGAUCCGUCGAAGCCAAGAUAUCUCUAUGCUUCGAACAGAGGCCUGGAUGCGGAGACGUUGGGGUUCGUUGGCGCGUACAAGUUGAAAGAAGAUGGAUUCCUGGAGGAAGAGGAGCCAAUCGAUCUUUACGAGACGCCAACCAGCGGAGGAUUGGCGAAUGCAAUUGAGCCUGCCCCGUGGAAGCAGGAGCACGGCGAUAUUGAAUAUCUUGCCAUGACCGAUAGCCAAGAGUCGAGAUUGGCAGUCCUGAGCUUUGACGGCAAGAAGAUCAAGGAAGCCGCGCAUGCGACUGCUGGAAAGACAGAAGAUGGCAAGACGAUUGGACUGGCGACUGCGGUGUGGUUUUAG